AUAAAUGCAUUGAACAAUACUGAGCAAACACAUCUAGAAAAAGAAAAUGGCACUCAGUGGUCAAAGCUUCAUCUGUUAUUUUACUUUGACCUAGUCCACUGUACAGUUAUAGACCCAAUGCAUAACCUUUAUCUUGGAACUGCAAAGCAAAUGAUUCAGAUAUGA